UUUGGGGAGGCUUUGCGGGACGUUUUGGGCUCCCCCUCGCCCUGCCCCGGUGCUGAGCUCAUGGAAAAAGCCGCGGCGGGGCUAAAAAAGGACAAAAGCGGAGCCGUUCCCAGGCGGGGGGGCCGGGCCGCGCCCCCCUCCCCGGGGAGGCUCCGCUGGGACCGCGCAGGAAACGGGGGAGGGCGCUGGGAACGGCUCCGGGCCCGGCCAAAUGGGGCUGGGGGCGGGCUGGGACCGCCGUGGGGGGACGGGGACCCCAGGGACGCCCCAAAAUAGGGGAGGGGCCUCCGGGACCCCCAUAAAGGUGUGGGGGUGACCCCUGGGAACGCCGAGUGGGGGAAGAGCCUUGGGCCCCCCUAGUGGAGAGCGGGAGCGCUGUGGCUGCCGUUGCUGGUGGGGGUGGGGCUUGGGGACCCCAAAAUUUUGGUGGGGGGGCGAACCCCGGGUCCCCAAAGGGGGCUUUGGGCGGCCGCUGGCGCCCCCUGGCGGCGGUACCGGGUGUGAAGAGUGCGCAUGCGCUGCAACGGUUUGAAAGCGGGGUCCUUCGGCUGCAUUCGGGUCUUCCCGGCUUCCUUCGGCAUUUUCCGGCCCUUUUCAUCCUCUUUCGGCUCUCUCCGCCUGCCCUCGCCCUCUCCGCCUGCCCUCGGCUCUCUCCGCCUUCCCUCGGCUCUUUCCGUCUUCUCUCGGCUCUCUCCGCCUCUCCUCGGCCCUUUCCGCCUGCCCUCGGCUCUCUCCGCCGCGUCCCUCAGCGCCGCCGGUGCCAUGGCCGGUGGUCGCCGCUCGCCGCCCGCUCCGUGCUGCCCGGGCCGGGCGGCGAUGCCCUCUCCGUGCUGCCAGGGCCGCGUGGCCGUGCCCAGCGUGCACCAGAGCCUGUCCGAGAUGGACUUCGAGCGGGGGAUCUGGGCGGCGGCGCGGGACGGGGACGAGGCGCGGGUGCUGCAGCUGCUGGAGCGGCGAGGGGACCCCGCGGAGCCCGACCUGGCGGGGUACACGGCACUGCACUACGCCAGCCGGAACGGGCACCUGGGCGUGUGCCGGCUGCUGCUGGAGCGCGGCGCCCCGUGCGACGCCCGCACCCCCGGCGGAGCCACCCCGCUGCACCGCGCCUGCUACUGCGGGCACCGCGCCGUCACCGAGCUGCUGCUGGCGCACGGAGCCGACCCCGCCGCCGCCGACGGCGACGGCAAGACCGGCCUGCACAAGGCCGCCGAGCAGGGGCACCGCGAGCUCUGUGCCCUCCUCCUGCGCCAGCGCCCGGCCCUCGCUGCGCUCCGCGAUGCCAGGGGCCGCAGCCCGCGGGACGGGGCGCACCCGGCCGUGCGGGACCUGCUGGACACCUGAGGGGACACGGAGGCGACAGCCGCGCCCGGGCACUGUCGCGCUCCCGGUGCCCGGCCCGGUACCGCCGCUGCUACUUCCGUGUCCCGCCCCACGCCCCGCGCUCUCAACCAAUCACCGCCCGUCUUUCCCCGUAGCCCCGCCUCCCCUCCCUACAGCCAAUCACCACGCGCGGUGCAUUUAGGGGGCGGGGUUUCGCGGUGUAAACAGCCCCCGCGGGUGGGGGGGAUUUAAAGGCGCCGCGACCUUUUUAACCGGGCCCCUCCCCCGGUAACCGGGACCCCUGCGCGGCACCGAGCACACCCAGGUACAGAUAUAGAAUUUUUAUUAACCCUUCUGACAAAAAAAAAAAA